GAUAACAACCCACCGGAAGCUUGCUUAUGUAAACAAAUCGAAUAACUGAAAACUUGGACACAAAGAACUUUUUUUAAAAUGAUUGUCUACGGUAUUCAACUUACCAAACAUUCAAUAAAUAAAAGCCUCAAUUGAUCAGUCACGGUACUGAACGUGAUGAAGCAGAACUUGAAGAACACACAGUAAAGUAAACACAUUACAGAUGGCUGCUAUCUCCAGAGAAGAAUCAAAUUAUAUAAAAAUAGCACUUUUAGUGCUCAGAAUAUCUCCACCAGCAGUUCGUGUGAAAUUUGACAUUGAAUUCCACCCUGAACGUUUGCGAAAAACACUUGAUGAAAAUUUUCCUAAGUUACAAGCAUUGCACCAUAAAAAGAAGAUAAACAAAGAUCAAUGGGAUUUAUUGUUUCCCUUAAGGGGAAAGGGCGAAAUUUCGUCCCAAAAUUUUGACAUAACUUUAAUGAUGUUUCUGAUCAGAAACUUAACAGAAAUAACGAUUAGCAGCAUACUUCCACUGCCGUUCCAAAUAGGUCUUAGUGAUGAUUUAACAAGGAUACAUUUCUAUAGAAAUAAAAUUGCUCAUGUUGAAGAUGCGACGAUAAGUGAUACAGAUUUCAGUAAAUAUUGGGAUGAUAUAACAGAGGCUAUUAUUCGACUGGGAGGGGAAGUGUUAAGAGAAAGGUGUUCAGAAUUGCAAGAACAAAUAUUCAACGUUGAUGAAAGUGAGAACCAUCUUAGACAAUUACAAGUAGAAUUGAGAUUAACAGCAGUAGAAAACAAAGUUAUGGAAUUAACAGAUAAAAUGAGUUACAUUGAGGAGGAACAGAAAGACCCUAUUCCAAAGAACAUAAGAGAUCUAAUAAAAAAACAGAUAGAAGGAUGGAAAAGUAAAGAUAACUUUUUUUUCAUCAAAACAAAAAGAAGUGAAUAUGCGUUACAACGUGUGGUUGAAAACAGUUGUGUUGUUUUAACAGGAGGGCCUGGGGUUGGAAAAACAUUUAUCGCCCGACAUAUAGCUCUCAUGCUCGAGCAAAAGGGCUAUAGAAUAAUCCCAGUGUUGACACCGAAAGACAUAAGGAAGUUCUAUCAACAGGGAAAAAAGUCAAUUUUUAUAAUAGAUGAUAUGUGUGGUACGUACACGGCAAACCAACGGGAGAUGGAGAACUGGCAACAACUUUCACCGGUAAUUAAGACAAUUCUAGAAGACGAAUCUUGUAAAAUUAUUCUUUCAUGUAGGUUGCAAGUCUAUUUAGAUGAAAGAUUUAAACUUCUGUCUCCUUUUCAGGACUGUGAAUGCAAUUUAAUGGCAAAGAGUUUAAGAAAAAAAGAAAUAAAGCAAAUGAUAGAAAGAUAUAAUAUAAGUACAAAGGUAUUAAGCAUGGAAUCACGUAAAUAUGAAUGCUUUCCUUUGUUAUGUUCAUUACAUCAUGAAAGUGAAAGAGUGGAUACUAUGGAAUUUUUCCAAAACCCUUUUGAAAUCUAUAAAACUGAAUUAAAUAAUUUGGGUAAAUCAAGUUUUGAUGGGAAAUAUAGACUAUGUGGGCUUGCCUUAUGUGUUCUCUUAAAUAACAACAUUAAUGAAAAGUGGUUUCAAAGUAAAGUUGCACAUGACGAAGAAAAAAUGCUUGAAGAUGCAUAUGGGGCUUGUGGAUUAAACAGAGGCACCUCAAAGGCGUUGAUAGGGGAAGCAUUUAGUUCCCUCGAGGGAACAUACGUAUGCAAACAAAAUGGCAUUUAUACAACCUUACAUGACAAAUUAUUUGACUUUUUAGUUUAUUACUUUGGUCAGAAAAUGCUUCAGUGUUUAAUUGAACAUGGCGAUAGUAAUUUAAUACGUGAACGCUUUAGAUGGCGAAGGUCAACUGAAAACAUUGGAAGAGGUAUCGAAUUCAUUACAGAAAUACCAGAUCACUCAUUACAGAUGUUUUUGGACAGACUUAUCAAAGACUGGUCAGAAGGAAGAGUAAGUAUUGUGUUUUAUAACAAUAAUUUAAAAAAUAAAUACUUCAGAGAAAAAAUUCUACAGUAUCUAGAACAACUUGACAAGACCGACCAGGUAAAAUUGGCCAACACAAUGGAUACAAUGUAUCCAAAAGGGGAUAGCUGUGCAGGUAACUAUCCAAUAAUAGACGUAUGUUAUCAAGGCUAUACUGAUUUACUUCAGUGGCUUCUACAUAAUGAUGUGAAUGUGAAUCAAAGAAGAGAAGAUGGUGUAACUCCACUCAUUAUGGCAUCAGCGUAUGGUUACUUAGAUAUUGUGACCAUGUUGUUGAGACAUAACCCAGAUGCCAAUCUCUAUAAUGUGAAUAAAGUAACUGCUCUGUAUAUGGCUUGUCAGAACAACCACCUUUUUGUUGUAGAAGAACUACUGAAAAUUGAGAUUAACGUCGAUUUGUGUGAUGAACAAAAUCAGUCUCCGCUGUUCGUUGCAUGUCGUAGCGGUUGGAACGCUACUGUAAAAAAAUUAUUACAGAAAAGCCCAAACGUUAAUCAAGAAAGCAAAGCUGGGUCAAAUCCACUGCAAAUUGCAUGCUUAUUUGGCCAUACUGAUGUUGUUACCCUCUUGUUGACGUCAAAGAAUGUUGAUAUUAACAUAAAUACAAGUGAUUUGAGUGGCUAUACGCCUCUUAUCAAUGCAUGUUUUAGAAAUUUCACAGAAAUCACUUCUCUAUUAAUAAACGCUAAAGCAGAUGUUGAUAUCCAAACAACGAACGGCGCUACUGCAUUGUGUUUGGCAGUAGGAUAUAAUAACCUUGAAACAACUGAGUUACUGUUGAAAAAUAAUGCCUCUUGGCAGAUUGGUUUUAGAAACAGACAACAAAUGAUUGAUGCAAUGCCAAAACAUCCGGACAUAACAUUAGAUAGUGUUAAGGACGAAAUUCGAAAUUUUGUUGUCAAGAACGCUUCCCAAAAAGUCACAGAUUAUGUCAAUAAGCAGUCAGGAGACUACAUAUUUAAUGCUAUAGCCGGUUCAUCACCAUUGCAUAUCGCUUCUUUUAUGGGCCACACAAACAUAGUCUCCUGUCUUCUGAAUUUCGAUGCCUAUGUCGAUUUUGCAAAAGAAGAUGGCACAACCCCUUUAUUUUAUGCAUGUGAAUUAGGACACGACGAUAUUGUACGUUUAUUGUUAAAUAACGGGGCAGAGGCUAAUAUUCGAAGACUGGAUACGAGAUCACCAUUGGAUGUUGCAGAAUAUAAUGGACAUCGGUCUGUAGUGACCAUGUUGAGGGAACAGGGAGUAGAUUGAUACGUUUUGAGCAAAAGGAUUAAAACCGUAUGAAACGAGUCAGGAACGUCGUCGAUGGUUGUCUUUUUUUAUACUUUAAUGCUUUAUCAUUUUGGAAAAUUUGUUUAUGGUCGACUUUUUUUAUAGUUUCUUUUACCUUCAUUCAUCGCGUUUUUAGACACAGAGUGAUUUAGAGAGUGACAUUGUUUAUGAGCUUGUAAACUGUUGAAGUCCGUAUGUUGGACUAAAGACGGAGUUUUUGUGUCGUUAGUUUAACCAUGCUUAACUAUACCAAAUUGAACGUAUCAGAAUUGUGUUUUUCGGUCUUUUAGAUAUCAAAAUAGUAACAAAGGGAUACUAUAAGUGUUGAUCUAAAUAUGGUUGUCAAUUUUCUUUGCAUUAUUCUUUUAAUUGUUACACUGGUAAAUCUUAAAACAUAUCAGAGAAUAAGCAAAAUAAUUGUGGUUAUUCACUAAGUCUUUGGAGUUAUUAGUUUUGAAAACAGUGUUUAACCUUUUUCAUGCUUACCAAGGUCACCGUUAUAACACAUCCUCAAUUUUUCUGCAGGACGAGAAAUGCCUAGGUGAUUAUAUUUAAGUAUCUUACGCAACCCUUAAAUUCCAAAAUCUUGAUGUUAAUGUUGUUUUGCGUGGGUGUGUGUUUCUGUUCAUCAGUGUUCCUGUUGUUCAUUUGUUUUCAUCUGAUAGUUGAUGUGAUUCCCUUGGUUUUUGUUUGUAACCCGGAUUUGUUUUCUCUCAAUCGAUUUAUGACUUUUGAACACCGGUAUACUACUGUUGCCUUUAUUCACUCAUUUAUUUAGACAUAUUCACUCUUUUAUUUAGACAUAUUCGCUCUUUUAUUUAGACAUCUUCGUUACCAUCGAUAUAUAUAUAUAGAAAAGUGAUGUGUGUCUGUGUUUGUGUUUUACACUUAAAUGCUACAACUACUUUACUAUAGCAAAUGUCAUAUGUUUUUACCUUCAAAUGUUAACUUGGCAUUAUAUAUUGAAUUAUAAAUUGUUCAGUUCAUUGAUGUUGAAGAACCUUUGAUUGUUUAUCAUAAAUUGUAUAUAUUUAAUUCAUAUAUCUCAAUGUCUUCUAGUUGAUUUUAUCGAAUAUACUGAUCGUACAUUAUAUACAAGUUCUGAAUAAAAAAAUUAAUAAGUAUGUAAAUAAUUUGUGUAACAAGUAUCUCUUAUAUGUGAAUCUUAGAUAUACUCUUCCUCGUCCUUAUAUUUCAAAAUGAAUUCAGGCUGGCUUUUCUAUAUUCUAGAGUUGUAUGCCUUCAAAUCACAUUUAUGGUCAGGCAAAGAAUGAGACGCUAACCCUGCCAACACAUACGGUAUUGCACCAUUUGGAAUUCAUGCGAUCGAAAACUCUUAACGUCACCAGUGUCUGAUUAGAAAGUUGAUGAACCAGGCUUAUGUCAAGGAACGUCUCGUCCUUUUUCUAAAAAAAGUUCAUCGAAGGAUACAUAGACUUUGUUGAUAAAUAUUCCGUAUCAACUUCACAAAUAAUACAUGAUGGUCUUGAAGUAUAGAUUCUAGGUACUGACGUUGUUUAUCAUCUUAAUUAUGUGCUAUAGUGUUCUUUUAAUUGUCUUUGUAAAUUAUUAAUCUUUACUGUUUGGUCCAUUUUUGGUAAUAUCCUGUUGGCGUGGCUCGGUACUUAUACAACCCGCCAUUGUGUUACUGUGCUAUGGUCAUUUUUUUAGUAUUCAUUUUCAUUUUUUCAUUUUUGCUUGUGUGCUUUGUCUAUAUGACUUUUUGUUUUACUUUGUUGAAAUAAUUAUUUGUUUUUAUAGUAAUUAAGAUUAUAACACAAUGUUGACGGCUGUACCCCUAUUUUUGACAUUUUUACCUAUUAUGUCUGUUUGUUUUGUUAACACAUUGUUGUCAUUAUAAUGGAAUUUUAUACGACUGUCAUACAAUUGAGAGGUUUAGCUAGCUAAAAAACCGAAAUGCCUGUACCAAGUCAAGAAUAUGACAGUCGAUUUCCAUUCGUUUGAUGUGUAUGAGCUUUUGAUUUUGCCAUUUGAUUAGGGAAUUUCCGUUUUGAAUUUUCCUUGGAGGUCGGUAUUUUUGUAAUUUUACUUCUUAAGUAAGAAUAAGCAAUACCAUUAAUCUUAAGAUCUAUAUAGUCUUUUAGGGUAUGUUGACAUGUUUUGCUGCUGUAUAAGGACACAAACGGUAUGUUUGCAGAUCAGACGACUAUUCUUGUGCUUUAAGAUUAAGACCGCUAAAGCAUUCUAUCGUGAUUGUAUCUGUUAGACUUGUGUAGUAUCGACUUCUGUGAUUCCUAUUAAUAUCCCUGCUGCGGGAUUGUUAUCGCCUCUCUCCUUUGGAUAACAUGAUAAACAUUACAAAAGUAGAACAAAUACCUUUUGUAGAUGAAAUCCAUAGCCUUAAAGUAAAUAUGAGUAUUGGAAUAAUCGCUGUUUAUACCCCCGCUUUAAAAAAGUGGGGGUAUAAUGUUUUACUUCUGUCUGUUGAUCCAUCCGUCCGUCAGUCCAUCCAUCCGUUCAUCCGUCAGUCCGUCCGUCCGUCCCAUGAAUAUUUUCGUCGCAUCUUUCUCAGGAACUACAUAACAAGGAUUUCUGAAAUUUGGUUUGAGGGUUUAUGUAAGUCAGCUGUACCGUGUGAUGCGUUUUCAGAUUCAUCACUCAACAACUUCCUGUUUACCGAAAUAUUUGGGCGGGGGUAUCAUCAGUGAGCAGUAGCUCGCAGUUUCACUUGUAUAUAAAAAUGAUGUAUAAUGACAACAUAUAGAUUUCUUUAAAGAUGUACUCUCGAGUCCUUAACUUGAAAUACUGCUGCAUAUACAUUUAUGCAUUUAUUUCUAAAAGCUAGCCAUCUCAUAGCUGCUUCUGGAAGAAUUAAACUACAAUGCAAAGAAGAUUUUCAUAUUUUAUCCAAACGUAAUGAAUGUACUGUUUAAAAGAGAAACAAAAAUCAUGUACAUCUCCCAAACUUAUUUAUCCUCUGAAACUAUAUUCAAAACAAUCAGGUCUCUGAUAAAACGUCGAAUUCAUAAGUUGAAUAACUGUGUGAAUGAUUUACCAAAGUCCGUUUUCAGAGAUAUAGAAGCUGUGAAAUGUCUAUCAUCUCUUCACGAUAAAUGUGUUGUUGUUUCUGCGGACAAAGCUUCAAAUAAUAUUGUUUUUGUAUGUAAAUCGUAUUAUUACAAGUGUCUUGUAAAAGAAUUAGUAAUAAAUGAGCACACAGGUAAUCUCACAGGUAAUCGCACAUACAAAAAUAUAUUAUUUGACACGAAUGAUGUUUGCGAAUCAUAAGUCCUUCAUGGCUUCAAUGAACAUUACCUUUAACAGCAAAUCUGAGGACUUACCUUGUACGUAUUGGAUACCAAAGCAUCACAAAUUUCCGUACAAACAGCGGUACAUUGCCGGCUCAUCUGGAUGUUCUACAGAGCAAUUGUCCAUUAGAUUGACAAACAUUUUGUCCGCAGUGAAAGAGGGUCUUCAGAAAUACUGUGAAACUGGUAACUGGCGAAGUGGUAUUAACCAUAUGUGGAUUCUUAAAAACUCUGGAUGCUUUUAAAUCUCAAUCUUUCUCUGAAAUUUAUUCUAUCAAAACUUUUGAUUUUUCAACCUUGUAUACCACCAUUCCCCAUGUGAAAUUGAAAAAUCGUCAAAAAGAAAUAAUCCACAAUGCUUUUCAAUAUAAAAAUGUUAGCAUACACUAUAAAUGUAUUGCUUUGGGAUACCAUACGGCAUAUUUUGUUAAUAGUGAACAAAAAGGUAAAACAUGCUACACAGAGAAAUAAGUGAUUAGUAUGCUGGAAUUUCUUAUUUACAACAUAUUUGUUGAAUUUGGAGGUAGACUUUUUCAACAAAUUGUCGGUAUUCCUCUAGGAACGAACUGUGCGCCUCUCCUUGCCGACCUCGUCUUAUUUUCAUAUGAGUAGGAGUUCCUUCAGACAAUUGUCAAAAACAAGAAGAUCAAAGAAGCCAGAUCUUUAAUUCCACAUUCAGAUAUAUUGAUGAUGUUCUUUCCAUUAACAAUCCUAACUUUUCUGAUUGGGUUCCAUUAAUAUCCUCCAGAACUAGAACUUAAGGAAACAACAGGCACGGCUUCCUCUGCCUCAUUUAGACUUAUACCUCAAAUUUGACAUAAGCGGUCAUCCAAGUACCAGAAUCUUUGACAAACGAGACGAUUUUACUUUUGAAAUUAUAAAUUUCUCCCACCUUAGCAGCAAUAUACCAACUCGCCUGCAUAUGGGAUAUAUAUUUCCCAACUCAUUCGGUAUUCAAGAGCUUGCAGCUGUAACUCAGACUUUAUAAAAUGUCACUAGAGUCUGAACAGAAAGUUGAUGAACCAGGGUUAUGUCAAAGAGUGUCUAGUCCUUUUUCGAAAAAAAAAAUCAUCGAAGGAUACCAAGACCUUGUUGAUAAAUAUUCCGUAUCAACUUCACAAAUAAUACAUAAUAGUCUUGAAAAAUAGACUAUAGGUACUGACGUUGUUUAUCAUCUUAAUUACGUGUUAAAGUGUUCUUUUUAUUUGUCUUUUUAUUUGUCUUUGUAUAUUUUUAAUCUUUACUGUGUUUAGAUAAUUUUUGGUAAUAUCUUAAUGACGUGGCUCGGUAUUUAAACAUCUUGCCAUUGUGUUAUUGUGCUAUGGUCAUAUUUUGUAUUCUUGUCUUUUAUUUUUGCUAAUGUACUUUGUCUAUACAGUAUCUUUAUGCCAUUUUGUUUUUUUUUGUUGAAAUAGUUAUUUGUUUUUGUAGUGAUUAAGAUUAUAACACAAUGUUGACUGCUUGUACCAAGUCAGGAAUAUAACAGUUGUUUUUCCUUUGUU